AUGGCAAAGACAAAUACGAAACCCAACAUGAUCUCUUUUGAAGCAAAGCCAUACGCUUUUUCCUUUCCCUUGGACCACACUGCAUUGCUCAUAAUAGAUAUGCAGCGCGACUUCCUACUUCCCCAAGGAUUCGGUGAGAUCCAGGGUGGAAACUUGGAAGCGGUUCAAGUUUCCAUUGAGCCCACCAAACGACUCCUUGACGCAUGUCGAAGCGCAGGCAUGGCCGUUUUUCAUACACGCGAAGGACAUAAACCGGACCUCUCAGACUGCCCCUCAUCAAAGCUCGUUAGGCAAGAAGCAGCCCCUGGCAAUACCCAGCACAAACUAGUCAUUGGCGACAAGGGGGAACUGGGUCGCCUGUUGACCAGAGGGGAAUACGGCCACGAUAUUAUUGAUGAAUUGAAGCCGCUACCUGGCGAGGUGAUCAUCGAUAAACCUGGCAAAGGCUCAUUCUGGAACACGCCCAUCCUACAUCAGCUCAAAGCGCGGGCCAUCACACAUUUGAUUGUUUCGGGCGUCACUACAGAAUGCUGCUUCGCUACAACCAUUCGAGAAGCAAACGACCGCGGCUUCGAAUGCUGCGGCAUCGAAGAAGCAACCAGUGGAUAUAAUGAUGCAUGCUUUAAGAAGCCAACAUUAGACAUGAUUCACUGGUCGCAAGGCCUCUUCGGCUUCAUCGGCAGUCUACAGCCCCUCGUUGAGGCUCUUGAGCCUUUCUCCACAAAGCAGAUUCAACUUGGAUCUACGCCUCCUCAAACGCCGCCCGAAUUCGAUGGCGACCUCACAAUAUCCAGUCUACAACGAGCCUACAGGAACGGUCUUUCACCCCUGACUGUCGUUGAGGCAGUCUACCGUAAAAUCGAAGCAUACAAAAAGAUCGACCCAGCCGUAUGGAUCCACAUCCAACCCCUCGAAUCCGCUCUGGAAGCUGCUCGAGACCUAAUCACCAAAUUCCCCGACCGAACCGCCCUCCCCCCUCUCUUUGGCAUCCCCUUCAGUGUCAAAGACAGCAUCGACAUCGCAGGUCUCCCCACCACAACCGCCUGCCCGCCUCUUGCCCACAUCCCCUCCACCUCGGCCGUCGUCUACGAAAAAGUCAUUUCCCAGGGCGCCCUCUUUAUUGGCAAAACGAACCUCGACCAACUCGCCACAGGCCUAGUCGGCUGCCGCAGUCCCUACGGCAUCCCCCACUCCAUCUACCACCCCUCGUACAUAAGCGGCGGCUCCAGCAGCGGCAGCGCCGUCUCCGUAGCCGCCAACCUCGUUUCCUUCUCUCUCGCCACCGACACCGCAGGCUCCGGGCGCGUCCCCGCAGGUCUAAACGGCAUCGUAGGUUUCAAACCCACACGCGGCACCAUCUCCUUCCGCGGCAUAACACCCGCCUGUCUCUCCCUCGACUGCAUAGCCCUCGCUACAAAAACCAUCCCAGACGCCCGUACGCUCUGGCAAGUGCUAGAAAGUUACGACCCCCUAGACCCUUACUCGAAACCAGCCCUACUAGCGUUUGAACGCCACAUCAACAGCACCGGCCCCCAAUCCUCAACCUUCAAAUUCGGAAUCCCGCCCCAAGAAGCCCUCGCCGUUUGCUCCGCCCCUACACGCCGUCUCUUCAACGCCACAGUAUCGAAAUUGCAAUCCCUCGGCGGCAUCCUCACCCCGAUACCCUGGUCCCCCUUCCAAAAAGCAGGCAAUCUACUCUACGAAGGCACCUUUGUCUCCGAGCGCCUCGCCUCUCUCCCCAACGACUUUCUCGAGAAAAAUCGGGAGAGAUUGCAUCCAGUCACCGCACAGCUAAUGGAUGCCGUCACGCAAAGAAAGAGCACGGCCGUAGAUGCAUAUCGCGAUUUACAAGCCAAAACACUGUAUACGCGCCAGGCAGAAGACGUGUUUGCGUAUGCGGCCCAUGGAAUUGAUGUCCUUGUUGUGCCGACGACGCCGACGCAUUGGCGCAUUGACGAAGUACUGGAGGAUCCGAUUGCCAAGAAUAGCGUGUUGGGCGAGUUUACGCAUUGUGGGAAUGUGUUGGAUUUGUGUGGCGUUGCGGUGCCGGCGGGGACGUAUCCGGUUGGGGAAUUGAGUGGAAAGGAGGAAGAUGAGGGUGUGUUGCCGUUUAGUGUGACGUUUUUGAGUGGAUCGAGGUUGGAUGCUGAGAUGUUGGAGAUUGCGAGGCGGUUUGAGGAGAGCAUGUGUGGGUAG